AUGAAUCGAGAAGAGACAGAACGAUACAUAAAUGUGGUGGUGACGACGAACUACUGGAAAGGAGAAAAGGGAGCAGAAGUGAAGUUUUUCCCGCAUUGUACAGAACGAGUUGUCUCUUGGAUAUCAGAUAUCAACUACGAACCAGAAUAUGAAUUUGUGAAUAUGGACAAUUUCCUUCCGAAUGAAGAAUGGGUUGUUGUCAGUUUCAAUAUAAAACGAGUCGAGGAGAAGUUCGUGUGUUGUCCCGAGCCAUGGGUUCUACUGGAAGCUGUUCUAGUUGUUAGACGGAAACCACUGUAUUAUAUUGUUAAUUUGGUUAUUCCCACUUCUGUUAUCACGUUGGUCGCCGUUACUGGAUUCUUCACUGCUGCUUCUACGAGUUCUGAGAGACGAGAAAAGCUGUCUCUCGGAAUCGAUUCCCUCCUUGCCAUGUCCAUCCUGAUGAUGAUGGUCUCUGAACAAAUGCCGACGUCAUCUGACUUCGUUCCUCUCUUCGGAAUAUUCUAUCUAUCUAUUAUAUUCAUCAUAUUCAUAGGAACACUUUUCACAGCGUUUAUUCUGAAUGUUCACCUACAGAAGAUGUACGCAAAGCCGGUGUCUCCUAUUGUAUCAUACAUAUUUUUUGGGAGAAUCGCUCAGUGGCUCCGAAUGCGACCUCCAACCAUGCUUCUGGAGCUGUGGAAUGAGACAGGAGUGACAUUUGGGAAGAAGGAUAAAAUGAAGGCGAAAAGGGUGGAGAUGAAGAAUCAGAAGAUGCCAAAAGUGACGUCAUCGUCUUCUGGAUUGAAUCUUCUCAAGUCGAAUAGUGGAAGUGGGAGAGCUCCGUUGGCUGCUCCGAUUAGUGCGAGGAGUUAUAUAUGA